AUGCCCAAGAUCAACGUUGCUCGUCUCGUCGAGAUCGGCAAGCCGUUCGAAGUUGGCACAGCGGACAAGCCGACACCAGGACCAAACGAUGUGCUUGUCAAAGUCGAAGCCUGCUGCCUCGUACCGAACUCCAGCAACAUCGUGAGCGGCGGCACCGAUAGCGAUGUCUUCACCCUCCCACAGCUACCCACCGUCUUCGGUCUCGACGCAGCCGGCGUGGUCGAAGCUGUAGGCGAGCGAUUCUUCAACAUCAGAGCCGGAGAUCGUGUGUACGUGGACCCUCACUUGACUUGCGGAACUUGCCAUCAGUGUCGCCGGGGAAGGACAGACAUUUGCGAAAAUACUUGCCUCCGGGCAUACUUCGCCAUGUGUCCCGGCGGUGUGAAGAUGCUUACACAUUAUCCUCUCGGUGCAUUGUCGGAAUACCUGCUUUCUCCCGAUGUCAACAUCGCAAAGUUGCCUGACAGUAUCGAUCUUGCCACGGCAUCUCGUUUUGGUUACAUUGGAACAUCCUUCGGCGGCUUGAAGACGGCACAAAUCCAGCCCGGCAAGACCCUUCUCAUCAACGGUGUCACAGGAACGCUCGGCUACGCCGCCGUAGCCAUCGCUCUUGGUCUCGGCUGCAUGAGAAUCCUAGGCAUCGGACGCAACAAGGAACGUCUCGCGGAACUGGAGAAUCUGUGCCACAAAGGUCGUGUGCGAACAAUCUGCUCCGAGGAUGGCGGCAUCGAUGCCGUGACCGAAUGGGUCAGCGAGCAAACGGACGGCUUGGACCCGGACGCUCUCUACGACUGUCUCGGCAAUGGAGGCGACGCCUACACCACGAGCAGACUCGCCGGCACGGUGACGAGAGGAGGUAUCGCCGUUUUGGCUGCUGGCGGCGCCGAGGGAGAACUCAGGCAGACGUACCUGGAGGCCAUGAGUCGGGAUGUGGCGAUCUUGGGAACGAUGUGGUUUACGAGCGCGGAGGUCGAUGAGCUGAUUGCGCUGAUUGAUGCGGGAGUCAUCGACUUCAGCUUCCUCGGACAUGAGUUCUUCCCGUUGAAGAAGGUGAAUGAGGCAUUUGAGAUGGUUGGUAAUCGACCAGGAGGCGCCGUCAAUGUGGUCGUUCAGCCGUCAAAACUUGAUGGUUAG